AUGAAAAUAAUUUUAACUUUGUAUUGUGCUAUAGUGUUGACUACGUUCAUUGAAAUAAAUCAAGUGCAUUCAUUAAAUAUAUUAGGAGUGUUUCCAUUCCCAGGAAAAAGUCACUUCUUUGUGUUUGAAACGUAUUUAAAGGCGUUAUCGAAAAAAGGACAUAAUAUGACCGUAAUAUCAUAUUUUCCACAAAAUCAACCUAUAGAAAAUUAUCAUGACAUAAGUCUAGCGGAAAAAUUAAAAGAUAUAGAAGGUGAAUUCCCUGAUGAAAAUUCGUUUUGGAAUAUUUUAAAAGUUGCUUCCUCCCUCGUAGAGCUGGGAACGAAGAAUUGUAAAACUUUGCUGGAAAACAAAAAUGUACAAAAUUUAUGGAAAACGAAGUCCAAAUUUGAUGUUGUGGUUACAGAGCAGUUUAACAGUGACUGUUCUCUAGGAUUAGCGCACGCAUUAAAUGCUCCUGUAGUUGGUCUUACUACCCAUGCUUUGAUGCCAUGGCAUUUCAGCAGAUUUGGUGUUCCUUUCAAUCCUUCAUACGUAUCGUUUAUGUAUUUGAAUGGUGGAACUAAACCCACUCUAUAUCAGAGAUUAAAAAGUGUUAUAAUCAGUGCGUAUUUAAGGUUAAUUUAUAAAUAUCUCGGUCAAAGAGUAGAACAAAACACGCUUGCACAGUAUUUUGAUGAUAUUCCUCCUUUAGAAGAACUGGGCCGUAACAUCAAAUUUCAACUAUUGUACACCAAUUUUGUUCAUUUCGGCUCAAAUAUCUUCCCUCCGAAUGUGAUAGAGGUUGGUGGAUAUCAUGUUGCAAGUCCUAAGCAAUUGCCUGAUGAAUUACGUAAGUUUAUCGAAGCAUCUCAACACGGGGUAAUAUAUAUAAGUUUUGGAUCUAUGCUAAGAGCAGCUUCAAUGUCUAGAAAUCAAUUAGAAACUAUUUUAAGCACACUUUCAGAGCUUCCUCAAAGAGUUAUUUGGAAAUGGGAAGAGGACUCUAUACCUGGAAAUCCGAAAAAUAUAUAUAUAUCUAACUGGUUACCGCAAAAUGACAUUCUAGCUCAUCCGAAUGUGAUAGCGUUUUAUUCACACUCUGGACUACUAGGGACUACAGAAGCACUGUAUCAUGGAGUCCCAGUAUUAGCAAUGCCUAUUUUUGGAGAUCAACCAUCAAAUGCUGCAGCAAUUGAAGAAAGUGGUCUCGGGGUUCAAAUUGACCUUAAAGAGCUCACAAAAGAAAAUCUUCUUAAAAAGUUCAGGACGAUUCUAGAUCCCCGGUUUCAAGCCAACGUUAAGUUGCUAUCACAAGCGUGGCGCGACCGCCCGACAUCAGCUAUGGAAAGUGCGGUACAUUGGACGGAAUUCGCCGCUCGCUAUCAAAACUUCACGUUCAGAUCUGCAGCUGCUGACGUGCCUUUCUACCAAUACUUAUGUCUGGAUAUUUUCUGUAUUUUACUUGGUAUACCUGCAGCAAUAAUUUGUAUAAUCUUAACGUGUCUUUUGAACUAUAAAAUAAAAUCUAAGAAAAAGUCUAAGAAAGAAUAA